AUGGAGAACUUGAAGCUCCAUAACUCGCUGAAGCCCGGCGCGCCGGUGCCGUUUGUCCCAAUCAGGCCCGGAGAGGUGUCGUGGUACGCCUGCGGCCCGACUGUCUAUGACAAGAGCCAUCUGGGACAUGCGCGCAACUAUGUCUCGACGGACAUCAUCCGGCGCAUUCUGCGUGACUACUUUGGCUUCAAGCUCAACUUUGUCAUGAACAUUACGGACAUUGACGACAAGAUCAUCAUCAAGGCGCGAAGACAACGAUUGCUCGAGAUCGAGAAGAGCAAAAGCUACACCAAAGAAGAGCUCGUUAAGCUCACCCGCACCGCCUUCCAAGCUUAUGCGGCCAGCAGCUUGCCAUUGCUCGUCGAGGACGGAAACGACUUGGACGAGACGACGUACAUUGCUCGACGAGACGCAUCAUACGGCAAAGUGCUCGCCGGGGGCACUUUGACGGGAGAGGGCAAGCCAGGCGAUGCCGAGGCCAAGAUCAAGAUGCACAUCAGCAACAUGGAUGCUGCAGCGGAGGCUCUCAAAGAUGGCUCCAUCUUCCCCGGCGCGGAUGAGAUAUUCCUCCCUUACCUCGACUCGCUAUACAAGGAAACUAUCGACACCAGGGAUCAGACCAUGUUCACGGACCUGACUAAGAGCAUGGAGGCUCUGUUCAUGGCUGAUAUGGAUGCGCUCAACGUCCUCAGGCCGGAUCACAUCACAAGGGUGACUGAGUACGUUCCCCAGAUCGCCAAGUUUGUGGAGAGAAUUGUGGAAAAGGGCUUUGCCUAUGAGUCUGAGGGAUCUGUCUAUUUCGACAUUGCUGCUUUCGAAAAGGCUGGCAACUCCUAUGCGCGACUGCGACCCGAAAGCAAAAACGACAAGGCUCUCCAGGAGGAGGGCGAGGGUUCCCUGUCGAAGAACCUGGGAGGCAAGAAAGGCGCUGGUGACUUCGCCCUCUGGAAGAAGUCCAAGGCUGGAGAGCCUUUCUGGCCUAGUCCCUGGGGUGAUGGAAGGCCGGGCUGGCACAUUGAGUGCUCAGUGAUGGCGUCCGAUAUCCUGGGCUCGCAGAUGGAUAUUCACUCCGGAGGCAUUGACCUCGCCUUCCCUCACCACGACAACGAGCUGGCCCAGAGCGAGGCUUACUUCUGCGAACACGGCAAGGGCGAGCAUACUUGGGUGAAUUACUUCCUUCACAUGGGCCAUCUCUCUAUUUCCGGCUCCAAGAUGUCCAAGUCGUUGAAGAACUUCCAGACUAUCCAAGACGCAUUGGCAACCAGCUAUACACCGCGGAGCAUGCGCAUAGUGUUCUUGAUGGGCAAAUGGAACGAUGGUGUCGAGAUCUCACCAGACAUGAGGGCCCAGGCUGACAACUGGGAGUCGACGAUUAGCAACUUUUUCACCAACACCAAGUCAUGGUUGGCUGAGGCAGGCAUCGAAAGCGGCCUGAAGUCACUCGACAUCAGCUCGGACAAGCCUGCCACAGGCCUCCUGGCCGAGCUCGAACAGGCCAAGAAAGACGUAGAGGCGGCGCUCACAAACUCGAUUGAUACCCCGCGAGCAAUGCUUGUCAUCCUGAAGCUGGUCAACACCACCAACAGCUAUCUCAAAGACAACAAGGACACAAAUCUCGCUGAGGUCGAGGCUAUUGCUCGCUGGAUCACCAAACUGGUCGGCAUCUUUGGCCUUGACGCCAAUGCCGAGCCUCCCUACGAAGGCCUUGGAUGGGCAUCCGUGAUCUCCGAGAGCACAGACCCCGAGACCGCCGUCAAACCCUACGCUGCAGUCCUCGAGAAGGUCAAGUCGGACAUUGCCGCCCUUUCGCUGUCCAACGAGGCCAUCGCUGAGCUUCUUUCCAAAGACCCCACACCAGAGUUCCAGGCCAUCGCUCAGGGAGGCUCUCGUGACAUUGAGAAGCUGUCGCUGCCUUACUUGAGGGUGGUGUCUCAGAUCCGUGACGAACUGCGUCGCACUGUCUCGUCAUACGAUCAACAGACCAAGAAGGCUAUUUUGCAAAUCACUGAUCGAAUCCGUGACCAAGACCUUACCAAUCUCGGCGUUUACCUCGACGACCGGCCCGACAACCAACCAUCGCUCAUCAAGUUCGUACCGGCUGCGGAGCUCAUCGCAGCUCGCGAGGAGAAGAUUGCGCGAGAGGCCGAGAAGGCAAGGAAGAAGGAGGAGGCUAGACUUGCCAAGGAGAAGGCAGACCAAGAGGCUCGAGAAAAGGCAAAGGUUCCCCCAGAGGAGCUUUUCAAGAAGGAUGAACGCUACAGCGCCUGGGACGAACAGGGCAUUCCCACCAAGUUGAAGGAUGGCAGCGAUGUGCCCAAGAGUCAGCUCAAGACGCUCAAGAAGGCUUGGGAGAAGCAGAAGAAGAUUCAUGAGGAUUUGAAAGCCAAGGGCGGUCUCUGA